CAUGUUCAGAUUAAUUAAAACAUUAACAUUCCCAGAAAGUUAGAAAUUGCACCCCAACUCGAGUCUUCGCCGGUGGACAGUGGACUAUCACCGGCUUCAGCUUCAGCUCCCGUCGCCGCCGCCGCCCUGCCUUACGGGCUUGUGCAAUCGGAGGAUAACAGAAUGUCGGAGAAAGGUGGAAAAGGGGGCAAGUCUUCUCUAAAAUCACCUGUUGGGAAUGGUGAUAGCUCAGGAAAACAGAAAAAGGGGAAAAAGGUUCAGUUUGAUUCCGAAGAUAUUAUGGAAACUGAUACACCAAUAUCUAAUGGGAAAGCUGAUACUCCGGCUGCAAAAGGUGGAAAAGGUGACAAAACUGCAAAUGGCUCUAAAAAACCCACAGGGAAAGGGUCAACCACGGCGGUGCGAAGACUUGAUCAAGAGCUCCCUCCCAAUUCUACAUGUUUGAUGGACUGUGAAGCUGCGGAAAUAUUGCAAAGCAUCCAAGAUCAGAUGGUUAUAUUGUCUCAAGAUCCUGAUGUAAAACUACCAGUUUCAUUUGAUACGGGACUGACAUAUGCCAAGAGAGGUGGGAACUAUGCAAAGCCUGAGACCGUGAAGAAAAUAUUUGAGCCACUGAAGAAGCAUGGUGUUUCUGACUGUGAGAUUUGCUUGAUUACCAAUAUUUGCCCUGAAUCAGUAGAUGAAGUUUUUGCCGUUGUCCCAGCUCUGAAGCCUAAGAUGAGCAAGUUGAGGGAUCCCCUAAGAAUUGCUUUGGCCGAACUGGCAAACCUCAAGGAAGCAUUGGCUAACCUUAAAAACUCGACAACAUAGACUGCCAACAGAGGAGGAGAGGAGGGCUGUGUAACCGUGCUACAUGAUAUGGGGCUUGGUAGAUGUACAUCCCUCCGGUUUUCUGAAGUAAUGAAGACAAUGCGCUCCCGUGAUUCUAUUUCUAUGUAAUCAAACUAAUGCUAACAAAUACAUUUAUUUUCGUUGAUCCCAUGCUGCAUUUAGUGAAGGCCGAAUUGGCGGGAUGAAGGGGUGUCGGUUUAUACACUCACUAAUUUUCAUGUUAAUGUUAAGCAGCAAAAAGUGUCGAAAAAACUA